UAGGAAACUGGUGCAGAUAAAGCACUGACUGUCUUCACGUCAAUGCAGGGUCCAAACCAAAGAGCUGGGCUGAUGAAUGUUGUGCGUAUAGUGUGUUUAUCUUGUGUGGGUUUUAUUUAACAACCUCACUGGAGCAAUGAUGAGAGCAGCGUCUGAAAUAAUUAGUGUCUGGUCUGAUCAGCAUCACUGUCUACAAGUUAAAUCGGGCACUGGAGUGUGAUGAAUGUCAUGGCCGAUUUUUUUUAAAUUUUUUUUACAGAUCCUUUCAUGAUGUUUUAAGAGCAAAAUCAAUACAAUUACGUGGUGUAAUGUCGUCCACAGUUGUAAAUUAUUCUCCUAAAAUGUAGUUGAGGUGCGUAAACGAUAAGAAAAGAAAAGUUAGAGAAUAAGAAUGAAUAUGAAUGAUCCUGGCAUUCAAUGGUGUGAUAGAUUUCGGAGACCGAGGGAGGUGGACAGUGAUGACAGACUGACCAUGUGCCUGUCUCACUCUGUUUACCUAAAUGUCAGGCAGCCAGGACAGCAGGGUUCAUUUACCCUCAGAUCAGAGUGAGAGUGAACUGUUCCAAAAUAUCUGACGACGGUGCGGCCGACAUGACCAGUGGUUGUUGUGUCUUUGUCCUGUUUUCCCUCCUCCAUGUCUCACUGAGCGUGGAAAUGAGAGGGCUAUAUGGCAGUUUCACCUCCCCCGACUUCCCCCAGCCAUAUCCUGACAACCAGCAGCGAGUGUGGAACAUCUCUGUCCCAGACGGCCACAGGGUCAAAGUCUACUUCACCCACUUCAGCCUGGAACCCUCCAACCUGUGUGAACAUGACUACAUUCAGGUUCUGGCAGAUGGAAAUGAAACCUUGCGGUUCUGUGGUGAGGAAGAGAAGAAGUUUGAAAGCACCCCGGGGAACACUGUCAUCCUGUCAGCCGGGAACGUCAUGUCAGUGGUCUUUAGGAGUGACUACUCUAACGAGGGCCGAUUCACCGGCUUUCAAGCAUUUUACACCUCAGAAGAUAUCGAUGAAUGUCUGACGCAGGUGGACGGGGAGAGAGUGUGUGAUCAUUUUUGCCACAAUUAUAUUGGUGGGUAUUACUGCACAUGCAGGCAGGGAUUCCUUCUCCAUGCCAACAACAGAUCGUGCACAGUGCCGUGCCACACCCAAGUGUUGACCUCGGCAUCGGGGGUUCUAACCAGCCCCGGCUACCCAAACCCCUACCCUCCAAUGACUCAGUGUGACCACACCAUCCGCAGGCCAGAGGGCCACAGAAUCAUCCUGGACUUCAUGGAACCCUUUGACGUUGAGGGGCACCCAGCUGUCCCCUGUCCGUAUGAUAUGUUGAAGAUUUCAACCGCCGGACAAGAGUAUGGACCUUUCUGUGGGUCGACCGCACCAGCCGACAUUGACACCGGAAGUUACCAAGUGCAUGUUCAUUUCAGGUCUGACACGAGUGGGAAAAACAAGGGGUGGAAGAUUACAUACACCAGUGUUAAAGCUGAGUCGCUCCCUUUGUUGACCUGAACAUUGUAUAUACUGUUCGACACAACCAGAAAAAUACAGUGACUUUUACAGUGGCGCACCUUCACACAUUUUAUAUUGUGAAGCUUUAAUAUAUACACUGUGAACACUGAGACACUGUCACAACCAAUUUACAAUUUUUAAAUCACCUUUGUAACAUGUUUAUAUGGCUACAUGUCUUCUGACUACAGUGUACAACCUGUGACUAUAUGUGGCCAUAGAACACAAACUACUACAAACAGACACAUUUAAAAGCCCUGGCAAAAAUAGUGAAUAAAUUCUGUUUUGAAUAUUUUGGAAUCAGUCAGUCUUACCAAAGAGGUUGUUAAACAUUCAUACAUUAUGCAAUCCCAGCUCUGCUCUCUAUCAAAACUAUCAUUAAAUUGUUCUUUAAGCCCAUGAAUUAACUGACUCUCAUUUCCUCCAUCUGCGCCUCACAAAAGAGCAUGUCCACUGUCAGAGAGAAUUACACAUUUAUUGAUUUAUUUUUACUCUCUCUGUUAUUCCCCGCCGCCAAUUUUUUUUUUAAGGUAGGCCAACAUCACUUUUUUUUAAGGCGGACUUUGAAUCAACUGUUCUACUUAUCAAGACAAGGGACUUAAUGAACCAUACAUUUUACCACCUUGGCAUUUUCAACCCAACAGAUUCACAAGGUAUUCUGUGGACAUGCACUUUUGUAAGUCAUCCAACCACAUGGGGUUAGGUUUUUAUUUCCAGAGUGGAUUGUACAGGCAGUCCCCAGGGCAACGGGGAGCUUACAGAGCCAAACCUGCAGUUCCAAUCCACACAAUCCAAAUCCAACAAGACGGUGUAGAACACGGCGGCACAAUCUACUGCUCCCACAUCACACUCUGACUGUUCAGCCUAGUUGGAGCCAAUUCCACAGGAAUUACGCACACCAUGGAACCCAUUAACAAAACUGCUGGACAAUAUCAAGCAGCAACAUGCAGCCAACAGGAUUAUAUCCACAGCACAUGUCCCCAUGCAGGUUUGCUCUGUAACGUGCAUACUGGACGUCUGUGCAACCUUGUAACUGGUAAAUGUGUAUAGAACAAUAAUAGUACAUACGUGAUAAUAUAUACAGUGCUGUUUUAGCAAUGCUUUAAUGACUAUACAGUGCAAUUAUUUCUCUAUCGCCCUAGUGGAACACCUCCGGAUAACACAUUUUUCAGAAAGAAAAUUCAGCCUCGACAAAACAUAAGGGUCAAAAUUUAGUGUGACCUCCCCUUACACUUGAACAAUAGCACAACCGUGGCUCUCUUAAACCUGGAGUGGAACCUUAAGUAGUGUUAGAGGUAAAAAACUUGCGUUUGUCCAACUGUUUAAUGAUAAUUUAAUGAUGUGAAAAAGGUGUACGACACCAGUUUUAUUCAAGACAUGUUUGAGCAUUACGUAUAUGUGUUGAUAGUCAGAUCAAAAGAUUUGACAGAGCUAAAAACUACAAAGCUAAUGGUGUCGAGAGGCUUAUGCACAGUGUGUGUAUAUUCUACACACUGGACUUCAUUAAGAUUUAUACACCAGUAUGUAGAAGAUAUAUAACCGAAAUGUUUUUUUAAUGUUAAAAUUAUUAUUGUUGUUAUCCAUGCAUUUUCAAAUGUAUUGUUUUACAAAAAACUAAAAAAAAAAAUAGUAAAGCACAUUAUUUCUUAAUUAAGAUGUCAAAUCAUAGUUAUUUACUGCACAGAAAUACUAGUUUUAGUGGUUGAAUGUUAUGCUUGAUUAAUUUCUGACUUCUCAGAGAAGCACAGUGAGCUGGCUCAAAUUUGGGUAUAAAAAGGUGAAUUCAGUUAACAACAAUUAUUUGGUGGUCUAAUAAAUGUGUUAAGUGCUGUGUGUAUAUAUAAGUAUAAUAGUUUUUAGUUUAG